AUGGCGCCCUCCUGGCUCUCGCCCGCCCCGUCCGGGCCCGGGUGGUGGCAGCGGGCAGAGAUCCCCCCCAGUAUGGAGCCACAGAAGGAGCUGGGCCAGCGCCGCGCCGGGAGCGAAACGCAGCAGGAAGAGAAGGAGGAGGAGAAAAAGGAGAAAGAGGAGGAGGAGGAAAAAAAGGCAGAGAAGGAGGUGAAAGAGGCGGCAGAAGAGAAAGAGCAGCAGGAGGAAGGUGAAGGUAAAGCUGCCGCGGAGCCCUGUGUGCCAGGCGAGCAGUGCCCCGAGUGCGGGCAGAGCCUCCCGCCCGGCUGGCAGCCGGGGAAGCAGCAGUGCCCCCAGCCUGGCACCCAGCGCUUCAUCUGCACCCACUGCGGCCAGAGGCGCUCCAGCCUCCGGCGGCGGCAGCGGGGAGGCGCCCAGGCGGGCCCCAAGCUUGGUAUGGUGUGCGAUGAGUGUGGCAAGAGCUUUGCCAGCAUCAUUGGUCUCGCGGAGCACCUCGAAAUCCAUGCUGGGAAGAAACGGUUUCCCUGUGGAGAGUGUGGCAAGAGAUUUGCCCGCAGGUCUGAUCUAAGGGAGCACCUCAACAUCCAUACUGGGAAUAAACCGUUCUCCUGCCGUGAAUGUGGCAAGAGCUUUGCCAGCAGCUCUGGUCUUAGGGAGCAUCUCAACAUCCAUGCUGAGAAGAAACCGUUCUCCUGCCGUGAAUGUGGCAAGAGCUUUGCCAGCAGGUCUGGUCUUAGCCACCACUUCAACGUCCAUUCUGGGGAGAAACGGUUUUCCUGUCGUGAGUGUGGCAAGAGCUUUGCCAGCAGGUCUGGUCUUAGCCACCACUUCAACGUCCAUUCUGGGGAGAAACGGUUUUCCUGUCGUGAGUGUGGCAAGAGCUUUGCCAGCAGCUCUGGCCUUAGCCAGCACCGCAACACCCAUGCUGAGGAGAAACAGUUCCCCUGCCGUGAAUGUGGCAAGAGCUUCACCACCAGCACUGCUCUAAUCCAGCACUGGCAUGUCCACACCGGGGAGAAGCCUCACAGCUGCAGUGUCUGUGGCAAGAGUUUCACCACCCGCUUUAAUCUCCUGGAGCACUUGAACCUCCACGCAGGGGCGAAGCCAUACACCUGUAGUGUCUGUGGCAAGAGCUUUACCCGCAGGUCGACUCUCAUGCAGCACCGAUGGAUCCACAGUGAGGUGAAGCCGUACAGCUGCAGUGAAUGCGGCGUGAGUUUCCUGUACAAGUUCCAACUGACCAAGCACGAACGGCGCUGCAGCCACCAGGAGAUGAAGAGCUCCAGCAAACCUUCCAGGGGUCCCCUCAGCCAGGGCCAUGAGCAGGAGGAUCAGGAAGGGGAGAAAGAGCAGCAGGAGGAAGGUGAAGCUAAAGCUGUCGUGGGCCCCUCUGUGCCAGACAAGCAGUGCCCCAUGGAGCAGCAGGGAGGCGCCCAGCCAGGCACCAAGCUGCAGUUGGGCUGCAGUGAGAGUGGCAACUGCUUUGCCAGCAGCUCUGCCCUCAGCCAGCUCCAGCAACUCCAGCCUAGGAAGAAGUUCCCCUGCAGUGACUGCGGCAAGAGCUUUAGCAGCAAAAUCUCUCUGGGAUUUCACCGCAACAUCCACACUGGGGAGAGGCCUUACAGCUGUGACGAGUGUGGCAAGAGCUAUGCCAGCAGCUCUACUCUCAGACUGCACCGCGAAAACCAUGCUGUGAAUAAGAAGUUCCCCUGUGACGAGUGUGGCAAGAGCUUUGCCGUCAGUUCCCAACUUCUUCUUCACCGCCUUACCCACACCGGGGAGAAGCCGUACAGCUGCGAUGUCUGCGGCAAGAGCUUUGUCACCAACUUCUCUCUCAGCUGCCACCGUCGCUUACACACCGGGGAGAAGCCGUUCAGCUGCGGUGACUGCGGCAAGAGCUUUGUCCACAUCUCUGCUCUCAAGCGUCACCGUCUCCUCCACGCCGGGGUGAGGCCGUACAUCUGUGAUGACUGCGGCAAGGGCUACAGCAGCACCACUGACCUCAAAAAGCACCAUCGCACUCACACCAUGGAGAAGCCAUUCCACUGCGGUGAAUGCGGCAAGAGCUUCACCACCAAUGACAGGCUGAUCACUCACCGCUUGUGCCACGCCAGGGGGAUACCAUAGAUCUGCAGUGACUGUGGCAAGAGCUUUCUCUACAGGCACGCUCUCACUCGUCACCGCUUCGUCCACACCAGGCUGGACCCAUUCAGCUGCACUGAGUGUGGCAAGACCUUCGGCAGCAUCACCAAUCUCAAAGUUCAGCACCACAACCACACCAGGGAGAAGCCGUACAGCUGUGCCGACUGCGGCGAGAGCUUCCGGCAUCAGUCCGCCCUGACCAUGCACCUGCGCAGCCGCAUCCAAAAGAUGAGCGGCAACCAAGCGUCCAAGAGUUCCCAAUCCCAGUGACACCAGGAGAUGCCCGGCAGUCAUGUGCCACUCCUGCCAACCAACACUGGUGCCAGGAUGCCCUGCUGAUAGAGCUGUCCCAACCGGGAUCGUUUUGCUGGGAUUUGCUGUCCUGGGAUGCGGGCGGCUGCGCCAGUAGCAGCGGUAACACCAGUUGCUGCUGUGCCAUCCCCAGGCAGAGCCCUGAAUUGUGUUCUCCACAAGCUCUGCCAGAUGAUGCGCCAGCACUGGCUUGGUGCACUCAGGGAUGAAGCAACUGUUGCAUGUGGCUGCAAGUCAGGGAUUCCAUGGCAAAUGUGCCUGGAGCAGGGAACAGUCCCAACAAAAGACUUUCCAAGGCUCUUGGCAAGUUCAUCAAUCUCAAUCCAGACAAAAUUUACCCCCCUGGGAACCCAAAAGCUGCAUGCAAGCUGCUUUUGACUGCAGCUGAACCUGGAGCUCUCCUGCCGCUCUUUCCCCCCCAGCAGCCACCUCAGCUCCUCAAAGUCAUAGACACAGAGGAAGGUUUGGGUUCUGUUCAAGCUCUUAUUGAUGCUCCGGUGCAGGGGAUUGAGUCCAGCAGCAGUCAGUUUGCAGAUGGCACCAAGCUAGGAGCUGCUGUGGAGCUGUUGGAGGGUAGGAGAGCCCUGCCGAGGCACCUUGCCAGGCUGGAUGGGCGGGCCCCUGUACCCACCACUGGUCAGGCCACACCUUGAGUGCUGUGUCCAGUUCUGGGCCCCUCAAUUCAAGAGAGAUGUUGAGGUGCUGGAAGGUGUCCAGAGGAGGGAAACUAAGCUGGUGAGGGGCCUGGAACACAGCUGGUGAGGAGAGGCUGAGAGAGCUGGUUCAAGAACUGGCUGGAGAGUCAUGCCCAGAGAGUGGUGGUGAAUGGUGCCACAUCCAGCUGGCAGCUGGCACUAGUGGUGUCCCCCAGGGAUCAGUGCUGGGCCUCAUCCUGUUCAAUAUCUUUACUCAUGAUCUGGAGCAGGGGAUUGAGUUAGUUUGCAGAUGGCACCAAUCUAGGAGCAGCUGUGGAGCUGUUGGAGGGUAGGAGAGCCCUGCAGAGGGACCUUGCCAGGCUGGAUGGGUGGGCAGAAGCCAAUGGGAUGAGACUGAACAAGGCCAAGUGCAGGGUUCUACACUUUGGCCACAACAACCCCAAGCAGCACUACAGGCUGGGGCUAGAGUGGCUGAGAGCAGCCAGGCAGAGAGGGCCUGGGGGUGCCGGUAGAGAGGAGCUGAAGAUGAGCCAGCAGCAUGCCCAGGUGGGCAGCAGAGCCAAUGGCAUCCUGGGCUGGCUGAGGAUCAGUGUGGCCAGCAACACUCCAGUCUGGAUACAGUGUGGCUGAGAGCAGUGCUGGGGAGGGGAAAUGAACUGACGUGAGAUGAUGUUCUCCAAAAUGAAUCCUGAUGAUUGAUUUUGCUACUCAGACCUCUGCCACCCCCCUCCCACCACUAUGAAUUUCAAUGGUAUUUUGGGUCUGACACGGAGAUGGAAACAUUCUGUGGCUAAUAACCAGGUCUAGGAAUAAGCAGCAAAACAAAGGAACAUCAACUGAGCUGACAGAGAAGGUUCCCACGGUCAAACGCCGCUUGCGGCCGAUACAGUCUCACAGUAUCACCAAGGAUGGAAGAGACCUCACAGAUCAUCAAGUCCAGCCCUUUAGCACAGAGCUCAAGGCCAGACCAUGGCACCAAGUGCCACGUCCAAUCCUGCCUUGAACAGCUCCAGGGACGGCGACUCCACCACCUCCCCAGGCAGCCCAUUCCAGUGUCCAAUGACUCUCU